AUGAUUGUCAGUAGUGAAAUAAAAGAACUAAAGCAAGAGGUUAAAGACAUCAGAGAAGAGAAUAUCAAAUUAAGAGAAGAUAUUGUAAAGCUCGAAAGAAGGUCGAAAAAAUUCAACAUCAUUGUGCAUGGUAUCAAGGAAGAUAAAGAAGAGAAUAUAUUAUCAGUCGCCAAUAAUAUCAUAAAAAAUAAAUUGGGAGUUGAACUGGAAUCAACUAGCAUCCGUGAUAUAUUUCGUAUUGGUCAACAAAAUCUCCCACGUAAAAUUAGACCAAUCUCCAUAGAACUAGCCCAAUACAGCUUGAAAAAUGAAAUAUUGAAGAAUAGUUUCAAACUAGGAGGCACUGGUUAUUAUAUAACCCACGAUCUGACACCUUGCGAUCUCCAGAAACAAAAAAUCCUGUUAGAUUACCAAAAAAUUGCCCGAGAAUCAGGUUUGAGGACUAAAUUGAAGAAAGGGAAACUAUUGGUGGAUGGCAAAGAAUACUCCACAGAAGAUAUCGCAAGUGACCCACUUGGUAUACUAGAUCCACCUUCAAACGUCACACCAGAAUCAAAGACCAAUCAAGGAAAGGACGAAACUGCUCUAACAAGACUCCAAUCAAGACGCCUGAGAGACGACCAACCAUCCGACCUGAGAUCAAAGAAGCAGCCUAACAGGGAAUAG